AUGGACAAAAACUGUAAUUUACAGGAACCGUUUACUUGCUUUUGUGAUCGAGAUUAUUGUAACAGUGAUAAAAUGAUCAGGCGAUUAGAGACGGUACCUGUACCACUAGUCACUUGCGUUUGUAAUGGAGCACAUUGUGAGAGCAAAACAUGUACAGGUGAAAUGUGUUCCUAUGUUGUUAAUCAUCGAACCAAAAAAACAGAACAGGGAUGUGUAAAUGCUUCGGUACCGUUAAUUGAGAGGCGAUCAGCGGGCUCUUGUAUGAUCCCACCAAUCACCGGAUCUAUGCAUCAUACAGUUUCCAAAGAUCCACACGAACUUCUUGCUACAGAAUCUUGUGUUUGUACUGCUGAUUACUGCAACAGUGGAAAACCAGAAAUUACACAACCUGAAAGAAUGAAAUGUCAAACAUUUGUUACUUUGGAAGCAAUGGGCACAAAGGUAUCAUCGAGAAAUACCACUUGUACAGGUGAAUUCUGCUUCAGAGCAACUAUCAAAAGUAAAUUAGGCCAUAUGACAGAAUACAAAACGAUGGGUUGUGCAUCUUUUCUAGAUGAUGCUGAACUAGCUGAAGAAUUACGACCGACUGGAUGUGCUCGUUUCGAGUCAGAAAAAGUAGAAGUAGAAUCGUGUUUUCAGGAAUCUGUCAUGCCUAGAAGAAAAGGCAACGAACAAAAAAGACCAGCUCCUAGAAUGGAAGUAGAAUAUGAAGAUGAAGAUGAAGACGAAGAUGAGAUCGAAAAAGAAGCAGAAGGAAAGUCACGUCAAACAGAAGUGGAUGAGAAGCCGAAGAAAAAGCCAAAAAUAAGUAGUAGUAGUAGUAGUAGUAGUAGUAGUAGUAGUAGUAGUAGUAAUCAAAAUCGUAAGCAAGGCAAAGAGAAGAGUGAGACUGAAAAAGAAGAAACUGAAGAAACUGAAGAAGAAGGUGAUAAGAUAAAUGAUAACGAAGAUAAGGGAAAAGAUAAAAGUAGCAUCGAGAAAAGCAACGAAAAAUCGGAAAAUGAAUAUGAAGAGCAGAAAGAGGUCAAGGGUGAUGCCAAUAAUAGUGAAAGUGAUGAUGACGAUAAUGAUAAUGAUGAUGAUCAAGAGAGUGAUAGUGAUAAUGAUCAAGAGACAACAACAACUGUAUUCAUUUUUGAAAAACCAACUGAACCACCAAUUCCAGAUGAUUCUAAUAUAACUUUGAUUUCUGUAUUUAUAUUGAUUAUGGUACUGAUUGUAAUUUCUGGAGCUGUAUGGAAAUUGCAAUUACACAAGCGACUAUUCCGUGCUAAUUACGAUACUGUAGCAGGUGGAUAA